ACUACAGGCAUGUGCCACCACACCCAGGUCGUGCUUCAAGAAGACUACAGGGAAGAUUACAUUUUCUUCUUGCCAUAAAAGUUGCAAUAGAAAAUCUGAAGGUUUUGACGAGCCAAUGAGUAUUCUCAUCAUUGAAGCAUUCUAUGGAGGCUCCCAUAAACAGCUGGUGGAUCUGCUCCAAGAAGAGUUAGAAGACUGUGUCCUUUAUACCCUUCCUGCAAAGAAAUGGCAUUGGCGAGCACGGACAUCGGCUUUAUACUUCUCUCAGAACAUUCCCAUCAGUGAGCAUUACAGGAUCCUCUUUGCAAGCUCGGUGCUUAACCUGACCGAACUGGCUGCCCUUCGGCCUGACCUUGGGAAAUUGAAAAAGAUUCUGUACUUCCACGAGAACCAAUUGGUAUAUCCUGUCAAGAAAUGUCAGGAGAGGGAUUUCCAGUAUGGAUACAACCAAAUUCUUUCAUGCCUCGUGGCUGAUGUGGUGGUAUUCAACUCAAGUUUUAAUAUGGAGUCAUUUCUCACUUCUAUUGGAAAGUUUAUGAAGCUGAUUCCUGAUCACAGGCCCAGGGAUCUGGAAAGCAUCAUCAGACCCAAGUGCCAAGUUAUUUACUUUCCCAUCAGGUUUCCUGAUGUGAGCAGAUUCAUGCCUAAGCACAAAACAACCCAUUUAAAGAAGAUGCUCAGCUUUAAAAGAAAUGGUGGUGCUGCUUUACCCAUGGACCUUCCAUUUCAACCAGAGCAGAGAGAUUCCAGGAAUUUAUUGAAGAAUUUUAAUUCCGAGUACAAUGCACACUCUGGCCUUGAUACUGCACAGCAAGGCAAUCUGGGUAAUUCAUUAAUGCAGGAGUCAGACUUGAGAAAGUCCAACUCAUCAGAUAAUUCAAGCUCUCAUCAUGGGGAAAAUAAACAAGAUCCAUAUGACAUUUUGGAUGGAGUUGAUGACCACCAAAGACCACUACACAUUGUCUGGCCUCACAGGUGGGAGCAUGAUAAAGAUCCAGAAAGUUUUUUUAAGGUAUUAAUGCAUCUUAAGGACUUAGGACUCAAUUUUCACGUCUCUGUCCUUGGAGAAACCUUCACAGAUGUCCCAGAUAUAUUUUCAGAGGCCAAAAAGGCAUUGGGAUCUUCUGUCUUACACUGGGGCUACUUACCCAGCAAAGAUGACUAUUUCCAAGUACUGUGCAUGGCUGAUGUUGUCAUCUCAACAGCUAAGCAUGAAUUCUUUGGAGUGGCAAUGUUGGAAGCUGUGUACUGUGGUUGUUACCCACUUUGUCCCAAAGAUUUGGUUUAUCCCGAAAUAUUUCCAGCUGAAUAUCUGUAUUCUACACCUGAACAGCUUUCAAAAAGGCUCCAGAAUUUCUGCAAGAGACCAGAUAUUAUAAGAAAACAUCUCUAUAAGGGUGAAGUGGCUCCAUUUUCUUGGGCAGCCCUACAUGGGAAAUUCAGGUCUCUGUUAACAACAGAACCUAGGGAAGAUUUGUGACAGAUGGGGCUAAGUCACAAACUUGCAGCCUAAGGCAGAAUCUGAAGAACUUUCCAGAGUGUGCCCAUAUUUACCUGAUCAGAGAGAAAAGAAAAUCUGCAGAGGAAGCUGAGCCUGGCUGCUUGUCAUAGCUGACACAGAGCCAUCUGCCACAAACCUGUGGCGGCUUCAGAUCUCCAAUCCCUGCCACCACCCCAACUCAAAUUAAAUACAGAUUCCUAGAGACGUUAUGAUGGUUACACAUGUCCUCGGCAUCACAUGUAGGAGACUGUUCAAAAAAAAUAUGUGGCCUGUUGUAUAACCGCACUCAUGUAUCCCAUAUGUGGUGCCACAUUGAAUUUCCGGUUGAAUCCGUUUUUAUCCUUUGUACUGGAUGACAUGGUGCCUGAAUUCUUUCUUUUCGCCGACACGAUGGCAGCCAAACUGCAGCUUCAAACGCUCACACUUGGCUGGGUUUCUACCUAGGUUGCCAGGUUAUCACCGGAGCCUUCUUGUGUCCUCAGAGGGCCACAGGGCCCGAAAGGAGGGUCCGAAUGCUCCCGGACUAAUUGGGCAGUCACCUCGGAAUUGUUUGUGGGCAAAGGGCUGCUUUAGCACUUUUGUCUUAGCAAAUUAAUGACUCUCAGGCACAGGGGUUUUUAAGUGAAGGUAUUAAUAAGAGGUCUGGCAGGUAUUCCCAUGAUUCACAGAGUUACAUUUGCAUUUAAUUAAUCUUAAAGAAAGUUGCAAGAUAAACAGCUGUAAUUUGAACAAACAUGGCAAAUACAGUCAGUGGGGCCAUCUCACCCAUAAAAUGAACACUGAGAUACUUGUCUGAAUUUUUGCCAGGGGUAAAAAUACUUGUAACAAAACCAGUAAUUUUGAUAUAAAUAUUCUUCGAAAAUAUUUGCAUCCAACUACAAAUAUGAUCUUUUCAAGAUAAAUCACUUAUGAUUCCAAUAGUCAAGCUGCUGUAUUUGUUGAUGUAAGGAUGUUUUGGACAGCUAGAUUGUAAAAUAAAUUUUUAAUAAAGUGCCCACUGCAAUUUUUAA